AUGAGAGACGAUGAUCGCCCCGGCGAAUACCAUAAAAGGAAACGUAUGGUGGAAAUAACAUAGUCGUCCGGGGCGGCUUUAUCAGCCACGCGGCAGCUCAUUUCCAAAGUAAUUCCGUCGUCGUGGCCGUAACUCGCGUCGUCCGGCAGGCACCCAGCGUGUAUAUACGCCUCUGCGCGUCAAAUGAAAGCGGACGGGUUCCUGAAGCUGGACGGCACUUUGUCACACUUGCACCCAUCCACGCUCCGGAUAAGAUACGGUUCUCAUAUGGGCCGACUUGUCCUCCAGCCAGGCCGAUCGUACUGCGCGCGUGGAUCUCCACGGCUCUCUUCACCUGCAACGCAAAUAAAUAUUUUUGA